AUGGAGUGGGUGAUCAGAUUUCUGUGCUUCUUCUUUUAUCUACUCCUAAUUCAUAUGUUGAUAACAGGUCUUCUUGCUGCUCCUGAUGAAGAGCAACUGAAUCUGUAUGUUGUUUACUUGGAAGAUAUGGUGAACAAAGACUCACUGCACCUGGAGGAUGAUGAUGAUGUUAUAAUUGAUCAAUUACACAUACACAUCCUUGCAUCCGUGAAACUAAGUGAGAAUGAAGCCAGGAAGUCCAUACUCUAUAGCUAUACAUGGAGUUUCAAUGCAUUUGCAGCAAAGCUAUCAAAAGAUGAAGUCGACAAAUUGAUGGAGAUGGACCAAGUACUUUCUGUGUACCCGAAUAGGCAUUACCAGUUACAGACAACAAAAUCAUGGGACUUCAUCGGGCUUCCGCAAACUGCAAAAAGGAAUUUAGAAGCAGAGAGUAAUAUAAUUGUUGGUCUCUUGGAUACAGGGAUUACUCCAGAGUCAGAAAGUUUUCAGGAUACUGGGUUCGGUCCUCCACCCACAAAAUGGAAAGGAAGUUGUAAACACUAUGUUAAUUUCUCAGGAUGUAACAACAAGCUUAUCGGAGCGAGAUACUUCCAUGUGGAAGGCAAUUAUGAUCCUAAUGACAUCAUAUCGCCAGUAGAUGUCAUUGGCCAUGGAACUCACACAUCAUCAACUGCAGUAGGCAACGCUGUUGCAAAUGCAAGCCUUUAUGGGCUAGCCAACGGAACUGCACGUGGUGCGGUGCCAAGUGCUAGAGUGGCCGUCUACAAGGUAUGCUGGGCCAGCUCAAGUUGCUCUGAUGUUAACAUACUGGCUGGAUUUGAUGCCGCUAUUCAUGAUGGUGUCGACGUUUUAUCAAUAUCCGUCGGCGGUUUCAAGGAAAAUUACUCGGUAGAUUCAAUAGCAAUCGGCUCAUUUCAUGCCUUAAAGAAAGGAAUUAUUACUGUUGCAGCAGCUGGUAAUAGUGGCCCCAGUUUGGCUUCUCUAUGUAACCAUGCUCCGUGGCUUGUCACAGUUGCAGCUAGUGGCAUUAAUAGGCAGUUUAGGAGCACCGUCGAAUUGGGCAAUGGCAAGACUGUCUCAGGAAUUGGGAUUGACGCAUUUGAUCUAGAGAAGAAACUAUACCCACUAAUCAGUGGGGCUGAGGCUGCCAACAGCAACGACGUGGACAGCGCAAGGUACUGUCUUCCUGAGUCAUUGGAUCCUGAAAAGGUGAAGGGAAAGCUUGUUUACUGUCGGCUAAAGAAAUGGGGAGUUGAUUCUGUUGUUAAGGGUAUUGGAGGGGUAGGCACUAUAGUUGAAAGUGAUCAAUCUUACGAUACAGCAGAGAUUUUUAUGGCACCAGGGACCGUGGUCAAUUCCAGCGACGGCAAUACCAUCACCAGUUAUAUUAAUUCCACAAGGAAACCCUUAGCAGUUAUAUACAAAUCCCAGGAAUUAGAAGUCCCAGCUCCGUUUAUUGGUUCUUUUUCUUCCAGGGGUCCAAAUCCUGGAUCAAAACACAUUCUUAAGCCUGAUAUUGCAGCACCAGGCGUUGACAUCUUGGCAGCUUUCACGCCGUUGGCAUCACUAACCGGAUUGGAAGGUGACACCCAAUUUUCAAAAUUCACCAUCAUGUCUGGGACUUCCAUGGCUUGUCCUCAUGUUGCCGGUGUAGCAGCCUACGUUAAGUCGUUUCAUCCAAGUUGGAGCCCGGCAGCAAUAAAAUCGGCUAUAUUGACCUCUGCUACACCCAUGAGCCGGAGGAUGGACCGUUUUGCUGAAUUUUCGUAUGGUGUUGGCCAAGUGAACCCACAUGGAGCUGUGAGCCCUGGCUUAGUUUACGAUACAGAUCAAAUGGGUUACAUCCAAUUUUUAUGCCAUGAGGGUUAUAAAGGGUCAUCUUUGGCUGUUAUAGUUGGUUCGAAAUCCAUAAAUUGUUCCUCAUUAAUUCCUGGAUUCGGCUAUGAUGCUCUUAACUAUCCAACAAUGCAAGUAAAAUUGAAUAAUGACAAACAGCCAACCACUGCAAUUUUUCGGAGGACAGUCACCAAUGUGGGUGCUCCUGUAUCCGCCUAUAGUGCCACCGUUAAAGCUCCAAGUGGAGUGGAAAUCUCUGUUAAGCCUAUGAGUCUCUCCUUUUCUCACAACAGGCAGAUACAGAGCUUUACAGUUGUGGUGAAGGCAAAUCCAAUGCCAGCUUCAACACUAGUGUUAUCAGGUUCACUUGUAUGGAAAAGCCCUCGACAUGUUAUCAGGACUCCUAUUGUUCUUUAUCAUGCAAAGAAGGCAUAA